AUGGAAAUGAAUUUUCGUACCGAUGAAGGAGUUCGUUUUCGGAAAGUGAAAGCAAAUGUUGGUAUCGAUGAUGAUAGCAGUGAGUUGGAGGAAUCAGAUGUUAUUGAUCGAUUCAGAGAAGAGACGCAAGAAGGAAGUUCGGAUAUAUCACCCUGUCCUUGGGAAGAACAUGGUGAUAGGAAAAACCUGAUCGUGCCAAGUUUUUGGAACUAUAUAUGGGAUGAGCUUACGAGAGGAUAUUCGCUUGACAAUGAUGAAUUACGUUAUACAGAAAAACAGAAAAAAAUAAGUGCGUUUUUGAGGAUACCAAUUGAAUUAGAGAAAUUCUUGUUUUAUGGUACAUUGCAAUGUUUGGAAGCUUUUUGCCACUUGUCUACAUUCCUACCAAUUCGUCUCUUGAUGUCUGUUGUUGGUUCGUUAUUAUGCUCAAGAAAAUGGACCGCAUCCAAUACUUGUGAUUUUUUGAAAGCUUUUAUUGUAACAAUUUGUUCAUGUCUUAUGACUUUGAUUGACACAUCAGUAAUGUAUCACCAGGUUCGAGGACAAGGUGUAAUUAAACUUUAUAUUUUUUAUAAUAUGCUCGAAGUAGCCGACAAGUUAUUUAGUAGUUUUGGUCAGGAUAUUUUUGACGCCUUGUUUUGGUCAAGUACACAUUCUUCAUCAAGUUAUGUACGGAUGUUCGUACACCUAUUUAUUGCAGUCAUUUAUACUUGGCUACAUACAAUACUCGUCUUAUUGCAAGCUACUACUUUAAAUGUUGCUUUUAAUUCACAUACGCAGGCACUGCUUGCUAUAAUGAUGUCCAAUAAUUUUGUUGAAUUGAAAGGUGAUGUCCGUGAACGCUUUCAUAUCUUUACUUUAUUAGCAGUUGUGGUUAUGCGAAAUAUGAUGGCGGUGAAUUGGAAAUUCGAGCAUUUCAUAGAAAUGUUGCCAGACCUUGCCUUGGUAACGAUUGCUGAAAUAAUUGUUGAUUGGUUAAAACACGCUUUUAUCACUAAAUUCAAUGAAAUACCAGCAGAGGUGUAUCAAGAUUUUACAAUAACAAUUGCUUUUGACGUCGUUCGAAGUCGUGGAGAGAAGGCCUUUUCAGAUUAUUCAGAUCAGGUAUCAAGACGAAUGGGUUUUAUACCUAUUCCAUUAACAAUUUUGCUGAUACGCGUUGUUACUCAAACAUUUGAUUUCACUGUUACAUCUGUGCAGCUCGUUUUUUGUCUCACAUGGCUGUUGUUAUUGACACUGAAAAUAGUAAAUGGUAUCAUUGUGCUUGGAAAAGCAUGUGAACAUGUGAAACAUUAUCGUGAACUUCAGGAAAAGGCGGAGUGCGAAAUUUUCCGGAAAAGAAUGCUGGUAAUGAAAAGUAAAAGUGCUCCGAAUUCACCACGGAUAAGUUUAAUUGAUUUUAGUGACGUUCUUCAUCAACCAACAUCAGACAAAGGUUUUACCGUAUCAGACCUAAUGUCCCACUGGGAUGAAUUAAACCGAAGUCUAGAAAUUACGCCAAUUCCGGAGCCGCGAAGGACAAAGUCGUUGGCUAUUUUCAAAUCUCGGAGAGAUAAUUCGCUGCCAUCUUAUACCGCUAAUGCUGAAAAAGACGAAAGGGAAGAUGCGUCGGAAGUCGCAGAUCAGUCAAAGAAUACUCCAAGAAAGCGCACUAGAACCACGGAAUGUGAAAGUCUUUCUGAUGUCCAGGCAUAUACAAUGCUUGAUAAUGCAACAGAACCUAUGGAAAUAUAA